AUGCCUGCGUUUCGCAAGACCUUUGGAGACUUCUCGCCCACCAUACACGGAGUGAUUGUGUCGUCGGUGCUCAUAUCCGGUGCAUUCACGGCGCUCAUCGCCGGAAUUCUCGCUCACCGGUUUGGCCAGGUCCGCAUCUUCUCGAUAGGAUCUUUCGUGUUUGGCGUCGGAGCCGCUAUCCAGGCGUCUUCUUCCGCUCUCCCCGCUUUCAUCGUCGGACGACUUAUCCAGGGCAUAGGCGAGGGCCUCUUUGUGAGCAACGUGUACGUGCAGGUCUCGGAAAUGUCACCAACCAGAGUUCGGGGCACAAUGACUGCGUUGCCGCAAUUCAGCAUCGUGGUCGGUGUUGUUGCCGGCUUCUUCAUCUCCUACGGCACUUCUCGUCUCGGCCCAUCAGCAUCACUGAGCUGGCGUCUCCCACUGGCCAUCUCAGCCGCUCUUGGCUUCUUGCUAUCGGCAACGUACUGGCUCGUGCCAGCCUCUCCCCGCUGGUUAUUAGCCAAAGGUCGAGUGGAUGCAGCGCGUGACGUUCUUAUUCGCCUUGGAUUCGACGACAUCGAGCGUGAAAAGCUCUUGGAGGAAUCCAUGGUCCAGAGCCAGGCUCAGAAUGCUGCCGAUGAGACCCUUUGGCAGGGCUUGAAACAGACAUUUGUAGGAUUCAAGGAGGCCUUUUCAGCACCGUUCCGUGCCCGUACCAUCUUUGGCUGCUUCAUCAUGGGCAUGCAGCAGCUGGCCGGAAUCGACGGCGUAUUGUAUUACGCGCCGAUCCUGUUCCAAAAGGCCGGGCUGAGUGGUGAACAGGCGUCGUUCCUGGCCUCUGGCGUUUCUGCACUGGCAAUCCUGGGAAUCACCAUCCCGGCCACCUUUCUGGCAGAUAAAUGGGGGAGAAGAACGUCGAGCUUGCUGGGCGGCGUUCUGAUUACAGCGCUUAUGCUGUUGAUGGGGUCUCUGUAUGCGGCUAACAAGGUGCAUGCCGACAGAGGAGCCGGCAAGUGGGUGGUUAUUGUGUCCAUCUAUCUGUUUGCCAUUGUCUUCAACGGGACGUGGGCCAUCGGCUUUCGCACCUUUCUUAUGGAGAGUCUGCCGAGGAAAACGAGGAGCAGCGCGUCGAGCCUUGCUCAGAGCGCCAAUUGGUUCUCGAACUACCUCGUCGCACUCAUCACGCCGGUGCUCAUCUCAAAGUCGACGUUCGGAGCCUACUAUCUGUUUGCCUUUUCCUCCCUCUUGACCACUGUCAUCGUGGCGUUGCGAAUGGUUGAGACAAGAGGCCACAGCUUGGAGGAAAUUGAGCAGCGAUAUGUCCAAAGCAGAGGUAUUUCAACAGGCAUGUCGUUGCCGAUGAUGAGGAUACGGCGAGUCCAAGCAGCUCAGUAG